UGCUUUGUAAUUGUAUUAUUGAGUGUUGAACACUGCCUUGCAGUAAAGGAAGGUAGUUAUCACUGCACCUUAUGACACUGUCAGCAGUAACUGGUGAUAUCACUGAGACAUAGCUACAGCUAGUCCUUAUAUACUGUUGGUACAGUCCAUAUAAUAGUCAUUAUAAUUGGGGACCUCAUAUUGAAGAACUUCUGCAGUUUAGUGGAGGAGAGCGAUUGCUUCACUUUGUUAGUUGCUGUAUAUAAUUUAAUAAUAUCUACUGGAAUGAUUACCAAUGAUAUUCCAAUCAAAUACGUCAACUCUUCCAAAAGAAGUGAUGUCCAGGUCGUUGUAUUUGCCAAAAACACUAGCUCGAUUUAUCCCACAACCGUCUACACAGCCUGGCACAUCCUCAGAGGGCAGAGCAGCGUCCAGUUCACCUACCCAGCCUCCCUUGGUGUCGGGGUAUCUUAUAAAACUAGUGGAAUGACAGUCACUGCUGGUCCUAUUGAUGCUGAUCACGGGAGCACUUGGGAGAUCAUGCAAGAGUCCAUGAAUGAUUCUGCAACACUAAAAAGAAAGACUGGUGUUGCUCCUAAUCCAAACGGUAGCAUUGUCAUAAAGAACACUCCACCUGCAACUUGGAGUGGUCGCAAAUUUGACGUCGCCAUUUACAAAGAGCGUCACAUACUCCUCCAAGAGAAAGGCCUCUGUGUCGGAAUGCAAGUCGACUUUGUCAUAGAACCAAAACUAUAUUUUGGCGUUGUAUCACACAUGAAAGUAGGACAAUCUUUUGAGUCCCUCACAUCAGUUACCACGCUCACGGACUUUGACCUCUCUCAGUUUCCUAACGGCAUAGAAGUUACUCUUAACGUGAAGCCUGGAGGAGGGGAGCUGUUCUUUACUGCAGAUCAGUAUAUGUGACACUUUCACUAUUUGACAUUUUGUUUUUGUUUAAUAGAACUUUUUUCUUAAAUUGUUC